CUUUCACUUGCGACACCUGAACUCUUCAACAUAUCAAUUCAAAUUCAAUUUACCUGUCGUCAAUCGAACAAAUCAAUGCCCACUUCACAAAAGCUUACCAUGUCCCAAAUCUAAGAGUGAACUAAAAACUAAUAAUAGAAGUGGUGGAAAACACUGGAGAACUACAACACUUAAUCUACCCCGACGACAUAUGGAAAAGUCCUAGGAAUCGGCGCAUAGCUUAUAGUAUGCUAUUAAUCGUUGCCAGGAGGCAUUAGAAGCAGUUAUGGCCGACUUCGAUAGAAAUGUGCUAGAGUUCUACCAGAUUUCUACGCCGUUUCCCAACCAAUGGCCGACGGAGAAGGACAACAAGAGUGAUGAAUCGGGCAGCGAAGAAGAACAGAGGCUGCAGGCGAAGAUAAACCGUAGGAAGUCGAGAUACCAGGCACUCGAACGAGCAGUUAGCAACAGGGCCAGCAUCGUCCAAGGUUCAGAGAAGUCGGCAAAUGGAGUGAGCAACUUGGUUCAGAAAGAUGAGCCAGAUCCUUUGGGCUCCUCUGAGAGCGUUGUUAGAACGUUAAAACAACUAGGAGUGCCAGUUCAAGAUGAUAUUCGGUUACGAAAUCGCUUCCUCCUGUCUUCCACCAGCUUCUCGCCUGCCUUGUUCCUAUCUCAGAUGCAUGCGACUGCUGAUACCGAAACGCUACUAAACGGCCUCGAUGUCUUAUCCCAAUCUAUCGAUCAAAAGUCUGCCUCCCUUAAAGUCCUAGUCGAAUCUAACUUCGAGAGGUUUGUACGAGCUAAGGCAACCAUCGAUAAUGUCUACAAAGAAAUGAAAUACCGAGGUGCUGACCCCCCUUCUCCACCUCGAGCUCGUGGGCAUGGCCGACAUGCUAGUAAAAGUAGUUUCAGGAACAGCACGGUUGGUGGAACUUCCCUUGCAACGAACCUAUUAGUAUCAACUCCUGUAGUCGAUACCAGGAAAAAGAAUGCCCUUGUUAAAGAGAGCGACUAUGGAGUUCUGGGUAUCAAGACGCCUCUGUUAGACGUUGCAGCCAAAGCUGAAGAUGUAUGGGGCCCUGCUCUUGGAGGCCGCGAGAAGGAGGAGAAUCUCAAGACUGUGUCAUCUUCGCUCGAUCGGUACAAGGAAUACAUUGAGGCAAGCUCCAAUAUCGCUGAUAGCAUCAAGCGGAAAGACUACGAGGCAUUAGUCGAAGAGUACGGCCGCGCCCGGAGAUUUGCAGACGAAGCGCGCAAACUUGUGGAGGAUUUGGGUUCCACGCCACCGAGCGAGAUGGAAACGUACCAGAUUCUCCUUGCGGCUCGCAUGUGGUACGACGUUGAGGAACAAAUCCAGCUCUUCAAACGUGAUGUCUGGAGAAGGCUCACAUCACUUCAUAAUAUAUCUAAAGCAGAAACAAUGGUUGGCCAACAACAAGACCAGCACAUGGAACUGAUUAGCCUAUUACUAGAAAUUGGUGUAGAAGACAAUCCCAUCUGGGUCUGGCUCUUGAGUCGCUAUGACUAUCUCAAGGGCAAAAUCUCCACGGCGGGUGAGCGAGCAAAGGUCGAGAUCGAAGUGCUCAGACGCCGUCUAGCGAAUGCCGAAAAGCCACUACCUGUGGUAAUGGCUUCAUAUUUGCGAAACCUCAACCGACAAUCGGUUGAAGGAAAACCCAAUGGACUAGAUUCAUCCGACGUUAUCGAAUUGUGGGAGAAAAUGCUCACAUUCUUGUCAGGCCUCUUAUCCGCCCAAGGGGUUUUAGGCGAGGUUUUGGAAUUCUGGCAAACCGUCGAGGGGUUCAUUGAUGGGAAUGCACAGAAAUCGUUACCUACGGGUUAUAACAACGAGUCCCGAGAUCAUCAUCGUCUGUCCGUACAAGGAACUGUAGAUUUGCAGAAAGGUACGAUUGAGCUUGUCGAUAUGAUUCGCACACAUGUCCUCGAGUUCUUCGCAGGCGGUCCCCCGGAAGAUAUCUCACUUUUAUUUUCUCCCUUGCCCCCGUCGCCCGGUACACCCAUCUCAGCAUUGACACCUCAGAACGUGAGAGACCCUCGUUUCAAUUUUGACGCCAACAACCUCCCACCUCCAUCUCCCAAAAGAGGUGAGGCCUGGGAAAAAUUUGCUUUUUGGCCACCCACCUCCAACUCAGUGAGCGGUGUUCAUUACUUAUCCAAGAUGCUUACAUUGGUGGGCUCCGGGGCGUCAGAAAUGGCAAGUGUAGGUCCCGUCAAACAAGGCGACGGGAAGCAAGUAGAAUUACUUAAGGUUCUAGUUGGUGCUGCGAGAGAUAGGUGUGUCAAUGCAUUAUGUGCUGCGUGGAAUAAAGAUGCCGAGAACAUUAAGUAUGUCGAGGAUUGGAAACGCACCAAGGAAAUGGGGGAUGUUACCCGUAUGCCCGCGAGCUUUGCUGCCUUCGAAGGCGCGUUGCUAUCUGGAAUGCAGAAAAUUCUGUACGUCCCGGAGGCGAUGGCUAAGACGGGAGCUGGGGAUAUCAUCCCUGCCCCUCCAUCGAAGCUUUUACAAAUGGUGAGAAAUCAGUAUGUUACGACGCUCUAUAAAGCGCUUAGCGGAAUGGUUGAAAAUGCGGAGCGCGCGGUAAAGAAAGCAGACGACGAAUGGACCACCGAUAUGGAUAUGUCUUUGAGAUCAGGAAGCGAUAGAACCUCCUUGAGUGUUGGCUCAGAUACCGUCAACCCCGGCGACAGGAACGUUCGUAUGCUCUUGACACUGGGCAAUCUUCAUGCAUUGCGCACCAAAGUAGUGCCCAAUCUAAAUAGCCAAUUUGAAAACGCCUUCUCCGUGAAACUCACCGACGAAUCCAAGACUAUCAGAGAUGUUCUUGGUCAGAUCGAUGCCAGGCUAUUUCAAACAUAUACCAAGCCCUCGCUGGAGAGUCUACGCAAGAUUAUCCGUGCUGGACUUGCUGAUCCUAAAUGGGCUCCUCCAAAACCGACAGAAGUCAAACCAUAUGUCUACGAGGCUCUACUGACCCUUGUACUCGUCCACACGCAAGUCUCGACCACAGCACCGAGCAUGACACACCAAGUCCUCUCGUACUUGUUGGAGCAGAUCAGCCGCGAGCUCCUGGAAUCCCUAAAGGCACGACCUAAGUUUGACCUAGGGGCGUUAAUGCAGGCAACGCUAGAUGUCGAGUUCUUCGCGCAGACACUAAGCCAGUACACGACAGAGCGAGCGUCAGGAAUCCAGGGGGAGGUCUACUCCAUGCUCGACUCUAAAACGGACAACCAGGCGCGGGCGCGACUACAAGAUGAGCUACCCGGGAUGCGCGAGGUGCUCAAGAAGCUUAGGGAGCAAUCUAGGAGCGAGUUCGCGUGUUUCAAGAGACCGCGUCGACAGGGCUCGGGGCCCAUACAGACCCUCGAGAGGACGUCAACGGGCUAGGCGUUCGUGCGUCCUACCCAUAACGGCAACCAGAGGGUCGCGGGCGUGCUGUCCGCAGAGCGGUUCACCGCUUCCAAGCCCCCGAUCCAACUCUCUGUGUUGAUGGACAGCGAGGCGUAUGUCCUCGAGUUCAAACUUAGGGCAUGGAGGCUUGGCGAUCACUUGUAAGGGGGUUAUCUGGGUACCCAACUUAAGUAGGUAGGUACCUAGGUAAAUAACAAAGACAGCAAGAAAAGGAGGGGAGUUAGGCACAGAUGUAUAUGGAGUUGAUGUUACCUAUCCUAUCCUACGUAGCAUAGGUACCUAGGCUAAAAACAAAGUUAAAAGCUACGUACUGUACCUAAGGUAUCCGAGAUGUAUGUAGUGCGAGCAUGGCGAAUAGGCAGACACUCAAGGCGCAAUUGCGGUGUUGAAUAGGAAUAGGAAUAUGAAUAGUCACUAUACCAAACCUCUUGCUAAUACCUACUGUACCUACUACCUACCUAUGCAUGCCAAAACAUGGAC